GUCUUUCAUCGGUCGAGUGAGCGAGCAUCGGUCUUCCUCUUUUAUAGUCGCCUGGCAGUGCAGUUCACAAUCGAAAGACUCGUGUAGGCUUGUUUCUCCGCAAAAAACAGUAAAAUUCAAACGUCCAGUACAUAUCAGUAAGCACCCAAAUUUCCAUUAGGGCUGGAUAGCAUCCGAAAGGUUAAACGUUGAAGAAUGGCUCCGAAUGCAACAAAACCACUGCCCAGAUACGACCAGGAACCAAUCGGUAUCAAUGCCAUUCUCUUGGGCCCACCUGGCUCGGGCAAAGGAACCCAGGCACCUCUGCUGAAGGAAAAAUUUUGCGUCUGCCAUCUGUCCACCGGUGAUAUGCUGCGUGCUGAAAUUGCCACCGGUUCGAAGCUUGGUGCUCAACUGAAGAAGGUUGUAGACGAGGGCAAGCUGGUGUCCGACGAUCUAGUAGUGGACAUGAUCGAUUCCAACCUAGACAAACCAGAAUGCCGCAACGGUUUCAUGCUGGACGGAUUUCCUCGAACGGUGGUGCAAGCUGAGAAACUAGACAAUUUGCUGGAGAAACGUCGCACAAGUCUGGAUGCGGUGGUUGAGUUCGGUAUUGACGAUAGUUUGCUGGUGCGUAGAAUCACCGGUAGGUUGAUCCAUCAGGCCAGCGGUCGUUCGUACCAUGAGGAGUUUCAUCCACCCAAAGUACCAAUGAAGGAUGACGUUACCGGAGAGCCGUUGAUGCGCCGCAGCGAUGACAAUGCAACUGCACUGGUCAAACGACUGGAAGCGUACCACAAUCAGACCAAACCACUAGCUCAAUAUUAUGCCCUGCGUGGCUUGCAUUUCAAAGUGGAUGCCUCCAAGAGCACAUCGGAGGUGUUUGCCAACAUCGAUAGCAUUUUCACGAAGCAACGGCAAGCACGAAUGUCCUCGUAAGCGUAAGUGCUUCCGGAACAGAACUUACAGCAGCAUCUUACAUGCCACAUGAGAAAAACCUGUAUCACCGAUUUUCAAUAUCUGGAACAACCAUAGAGCUACCUUAUUGAACCCAGAGGGCGGGAUAAAAAUGUUUUAAAAUGACAACUAUGUUUCCUACCAAGACACAGAGACUCUUUCAGAGAUCAAUUGACAGAGCACGAUCUCGUUUCGAACAUUAGCCAGUAGCAAUCCCAGGAAUUAGAAUGCAAAGGAUGUUUGUAUUUAAUAUGCCUGAACUGGCAUUAUUUAAGCAAAGAGUAUAAUAUACAGUUGUAGUCGCUAAUCUAUUCUAUACUUGACAAGGCAACCAUCAGCAAUGACCGAUGCGAUAGGGUUGGAAAAGACGUAUCACGUUUGAUACCACGCUUGUUGGAAGGCAGCGGCAGAACAAGCCAAUAAUUAUUAGUAAUUCCCGCAAUAUCAUAAGUGACAAAAUGUGUUGGCAUAUAGUGAGAAUAUAUCUUUAAUAGAUAAAAUAAAUGUUCGGUUCAGUGAUAAAAAAAAA